AUGUUUCGCUUCCUCCACAACCAAUUGCUUGUUACGCCCUCGCUACCCUCUUCUGCCUCCUUCACUGACCAAGUCGUCAUCGUUACCGGUGCCAAUGUCGGUUUAGGCCUCGAAGCAGCGCGUCACAUCUCCCGUCUGGGAGCUCGCAAGAUCAUUCUCGCCGUGCGGAAUAUCGCUGCCGGAGAGACUGCCCGUAAAUCAAUCGAGGAAUCUACAGGCCGAGCCGGAACGUGCGAAGUUUGGCCGCUCAAUCUGGCCUCCUAUACUUCAGUUAUCGAGUUUGCACAUCGCGCUCAAUCCCUACCACGUCUUGAUGCCGUGAUUGAGAAUGCCGGUGUAGCAACCACCGAAUAUCAGGCUGCCGAGGGCCACGAACUCAGUAUUACCGUUAAUGUCAUCAGCACUGUUCUCUUAGCUCUUCUACUCCUCCCGAAGCUCCGCGAAACAGCGCGCGAAUUCCCCCUUCAUAAACCACAUUUGACUGCAGUCGUCAGCGAGGCGCAUGCCUUCACCUCGUUCCCAGAACGGCAACAGGACCGCGUUUUCGAUGCCCUAGACAAUGAGCGGGCCAUCGACAUGAAUGAACGGUAUCCCACUUCGAAACUACUCGAAAUUCUGGCACUGCGAGAAUUGAUCACCCAUUUAAGCGACGACGCGGUGAUAGUCAAUAUGGUUAAUCCGGGCCUCUGUCAUUCUCAACUCAGUCGCAACGCGGGGAUGAGCAUGACGAUUAUGAAGUUUUUCCUGGCCCGGUCUACUGAGGUUGGCAGUCGUACUUUAGUGGCUGGAGUCACAGCUGGUUCAGAGACGCACGGCGAGUAUAUGUCUAAUUCUUUGGCAGCAUCACACGAGCUGUCGGAUUUCGUGCGCGGCGAGGACGGACACACAGCGCAGAGAAAGAUCUGGCAAGAACUGCGCGAAAUCCUUGAGGCCAUCCGGCCCGGGGUGAUGCAGAAUUUAUAG